AUGCCCUUCAUCUUCAGUCCUCCUCGUUAUAUAAGCCAGCGACAUUGUGGAUAUUGUAACGGCAAGAAGACAGACCAUUAUGCAUUGGAGAGCCAGAAAAAGCAGGCACAGUUGUCGGAUCCCGAUUCCAUUAUAAUAGGAACUUCCAUCACGGAAAUGUCGUGUUCAGACUAUGACGAGCUCAUCAAUCAGGGAUUCAGAAGGUCGGGCACCUUCUUGUAUAAGCCGGACAUGUUGCGUACCUGUUGUAGAUACUACACGAUUCGUACCGAUAUGAGCCAAUUGAAGCUCACCAAACAGCACAGAAAAGUAGUCAAUCGUUUCAUAAAGGCUAUAAGUGAAAAUAAUGAAGAGCCACAACACAAAAACCAAAAAGAGUACGACCUUACUGGAUUGCUACAAGCUGAACUGAAAUCAAAACGCUUCUAUACGCGAUACGAAACGUCUGAGUUCACACCAGAGAAAUUUGCUCUCUACAAAAAGUACCAGAUCAGUGUGCACAAUGAUAAACCGGAAGAAGUCACAGAAGCGUCGUUUGACCGAUUUCUCUGUGAAACUCCGUUUCCAGACGAAGAAAUUGAUGGUUCUUCAGAAGAAUGGGAUUUUCUCGAUUCGUGGAUCAAAAACUGGAAACCGAGUCAGAAAGUACAAAAACGUAGAAUAGGCCCCACCCAUGAAUGCUACUAUUUGGACGAUAAGCUUAUAGCCAUUUCAGUUCUAGACUUCUUACCCACGGGAGUAUCUUCUAUAUAUUUCAUCUGGGAUCCCGACUAUGCUCAUUUGUCGUUAGGCACACUAUCCGGCUUGAGAGAAAUUCUCAUGUGUAGAGAGUUGCUGUUGGGCUAUUACUAUCUAGGCUAUUAUAUCGACGACUGCCCCAAGAUGAACUACAAGCUGAAGUUUGGCGGAGAGCUUCUUGAUCUAGUCAACGAAGUGUAUGUCCCACUUCUGCUUGCAAAGCCCUGGAUUGCCAACGACAGACUCUUUGUAUUGGGAAGAGAAGAAGAACUUGAAAACGAACAAGUAGAGUACGGCUUAGACAACGACGGCCAUCCUCUAUCUCUAGAAAAUAGCAGGUUUGCUUCCGAUGAAGUUGUGAAUAUAGCCGAAAAAGUCUACGGCGAAGAUGCUAUCUUCGAGAAAGCACGAACGGCCAUGCAUAUACUUAUUACCAAACACGAAAUGGCCCCACAGGACAAAAAUAGUCCGUACACAAUUCCGGAAGUCAUGCCUGGACUCAUCCCGUUGUGGAAGAUCGUAGAUAUGUUUGAAACCGGAGUUCUAAGUGAUACCUUCCCUGUGUCCAUAAUAAUGAGUGGCCGUUUGCAAAGAUUGCUGUUGGGAAAGCUCAAUGAUGUGGGCAGACAAUUAGUCAUCGACUGUGCACGGCUUUUUGGGCCCCGUAAAAUUAGACAGGGUAUACUAAAUAUAUAGAGUAUACAAUGGAAUAGG